CAGCAAUGGAUGCCGACAUUUCUGUGUCACAGGCACACGUAAGCCAACUCUCUUGUGGUGGGCGUUUUUCGGAGCUACUCACAGGCUCACAUAGUCACGCCCCUUAACCACCUCCUCUCCCCCUCCCUUCAUUCUCCGACAGGUGGUUAUGCCUCUUUUGCUAGCCAUUUCACCGGAGCAGAACCCCUGUAUAUUUUCUUGCUCUGUUGGACUCUGAUAUUGCUUUACUUGUAUUCUAUAUGGCACACUCACUAAUACCCAUUUCAUAAAAUACCUUAAGGAUUACUUCUUUCCUUUUCGUUUCUUAGUUACGGAUCUGCAGCUCAGCUUUCUCACUGAUGACAUAGGGCUGCCUCAUGAUGGUGUAUUUCUCUUCUGAUUAUUUGUUUCUGGUUUUUGUUUCCAUCCGCAGAUUGGAAUAAGCAAUUGCUGCAGAUAAUUGAAGAGGGUACGCCCAUUGUAGGGGUCUCUGAGUAUGUUGAAGCAUUCACCUGGUAGAAACCAGAGGUCAAAAGGAUUUAAAGUGAAGCAUUUUCUUCAGAUAUGUUUGUUACUUACCAUUUGCAUUUGGCUGCUUAACCAACUCAGGAACUCGUAUGAUAAGCAAAAGGCAUUUGAAAAUAGCACUGGAGAUAUAUUAGACAAGGUGCAAAGUGAGCAUCCAGUUAUAAAACUUGGGAGGAAAGAUCUCCUUCCUCAAGUUGAAGAAACAUCUUUGGAGAUUGAAAGCGACGGAGAUAAGGCAGAAUUGGAAGAAGAGAUUGAAGAGCUUAAACCUGAUGACAUUGACGAUGAUGGAAGAGGUGGUGGAGAUGAUGAGAUAGAUGGACAUGAUCAAGAGAGAGCAGAAGAUGAAGAAACUGAGGAAGUAGAAGAUCUCAUUGAUGUAGAUGAUAGGGAGAGGGAUGUGGGAAAUGAAGAGCAAGAUAGUGAAGAGAAGGGCAAUCAACUUGAGGAUGCUAGUUCAGUAAAUCAUCAAGCCCAACAUGAAGGUGAAAGGAAUUCUCAGGAGGCAAGAGAGGAACAUUACAAGGGUGAUGAUGCUUCCAGUUCUGUGGUGCAUAACACCCGAACACGAAGCACUGAAUUUCAGAUUGGAGGUAUGAGAAAGAUAAAAUGGAAAAUUGGACCAAGUGUUUGUGGAACUGUAUCUAAUGCAAAUUCAAACCUUUCUUCUGUGACUGGCAAUUUGGGUGGAAUUAAUACUGGGGUAGCCACCGUUUCUAAGUCUAUGGUAACUGAGAUUAUGAAACUUGAUGCUGCUGCUAGUGCUAUAUCAGAUGGAAACAAUGCUUUUACAACCAUCAACAAGAAUAACAAUGCAGCAGCUAGUAAUCAGUGUUCAGAAUCUAAUGCAAAUGAGACCAGAGACUGCAGGAAAAAGCUGAGCAUCAGUGAGGACAUAGGUUGUAUAAGUGAGAAAUGAGUACAUUGACUUGCAUAGGUCCUAAUUCUAUCCAAAGGAUAGAGGAAGGCAGGAUGUUUAGAGAACUUAACUAGAGAAAAUGAAGAAAUAACAAUUUAGAUGCAGUAGAAUGAGCUUGUCAUAAACAAUCAUGUUAUAGGAUCACCCCAUUGAGGGUGUUGAGAAUUCAAAUCCUUUUGACA